AUGGAGUCAUAUGAACUUAUUAAACGGCAUGGUGAAACCCAUUUUGCCAAUAUCAAGUAUGGCUACUACACGUUAGCGAUAUCUAUUAUUUAUCUGGCAUUUUUGGUUGCACUCCGUAGUGUCGUCAAUGGCAAGCCCACCAAUUCAUCUUCUUCAAAAUGGAAAAGGUUUUUAUACCAGCUAUAUUCGAUCAAUCCAGGAGUACAUCUGGCCAUUAUCUGGAUACCUCUACUUGUCCCUUUCUAUCACCACUAUUCGAUUGUUCAGCAUACCACCGUUUAUCUAAAAAGACUUGGCCGCUUGAGCUAUGUCCUUUUAUCACUGAACAUGGUUUUGAAUGUGAGACCAAAUUGGUUAUUUCGCAAAUACUAUACCUAUACAGAUCUAAUUCCAUUGCAUAAAUGGCUUUCACGAGUAAUUGUUAUGGUUGGCAUGAUCCAUGGGGUUCUGUUUCUCGUAUACUGGGCACUGGAUGAUACAAGAUCCACUGUCACGCAAAUAUUAAAAUAUAAAAACUUUAUUGGUCUCGUUUUGAUGUUUUUGGUAUUGCUUCUAGUCAUUUUUUCGAGUGGACCUCUGAGAAGAAUCAACUACAAUUUAUUUUAUGUUACACAUAAUAUAGUUCUAUUAAGUUUGGUACUUUUGACAGGUUUACAUGCAAGACCUGGUGUAACAUUCCCUUAUUUACUCGUGAAUGUUGCUUUACUUUGUUAUCAGGCAUUUACAAAAGUUCUUUCAAGAAGGGCCGCUAUACUGGAUAAAAUCACGGAUUAUAAAGAUAGUAAUUUGAUAAAUGUACACUUACCUCGCUCUGCGUUGCCUGCAGAUUUUGAACCCGGCUCCCACAUUAGAAUUAGCGCAUACAGACGAUUGAAUCCGCUGUAUUGGUUGCUACCAUCUCACCCAUAUACAAUUGCAUCCUUACCGUCCGACUCUGAAAUCGAUCUUAUCAUUUUAGAAAAUAAACAUCCACGAUCCUUCAAGAUAGAGCGAGGCGUUGAGUACACAGUGAGCCAACCAUAUGCUCCUGCGAUUCCAAGAUCAUGUCUCGAAAAUGCAAAAAGAGUGUGCAUUGUUUGUGGUGGUAGCGGUAUAUCCUUUGGAUUACCAUUAUACAAGUACUAUAAGGAAAAGCUUGCCGUUGAAUUUCUUCAAAUGGUAUGGAUUGUGCGAAACAAGUAUCAAUUAAGGGUCCUUGAGGGUCUGGCAACUACGAUUUCGCUUAAUAGCUACUCUGAAUUCCAUAUUUUCGUGACGAACAGUGACAGUGGCAGGCUAUCGGAAGAGCCACAGGAAGAUGCAGACUUGGAAUUUGAGCUAGAAUCUAUGUCUAAUGAACAGCUAGACGAGAACGGUGCUCUUGUUGACAACGAUGCUGCUGUACUGGUCUCUAAAUAUAAACCAACUUCAAUUAAUUUUGGCAGAAGAAUGCAGUGGGCGACGGACCUUGCUCACUUCGUGGAGCAUUCACAAUUGGAUGACACUUGGCUUCUUGCUUGUGGACCACAGAGCUUAAUUGAAUCGGGAAAAGAAUAUGCUGCUGACAAUGAGAUUAAUUUCGCUUCAGAAAUAUAUGCCCUUUAA